AUGAACGCUACCAUGGCGAACCAGACGGACUGCCCCGAGGUGAAGGUCCCCAUCCCUCUCUUCUUCGCCAUCGGUGUAGUGAGCCUGGCUGAGAACCUGCUGGUUGUGGUGGCCGUCAUACGGAACAGGAACCUCCACCUGCCCAUGUACUGCUUCAUCUGCAGCCUGGCGGCCUUCAACACCAUCGCCAGCCUCUCCAAAACCUGCGAGAAUGUGAUGAUUGGAUUUGCUGAUGUGGGACAUCUGGAGAAGAAAGGUUCUUCAGAGAGGAAACUGGACGAUGUGAUGGACUCCCUGCUGUGUAUGUCGUUCGUGGGCUCGAUUUCCAGUUUCCUGGCUAUCGCUGUGGACCGUUACAUCACCAUCUUCCAUGCACUGCGAUACCAUAACAUCAUGACAAUGCGGCGCACGGGGGCCAUCUUGGGUGUCAUUUGGACGACAUGUGGGUUGUCAGCUGUGCUCAUGGUGAGGUUCUUCACCUCCCGGUUCAUCAUGAUCUGCUUUGUUGUCUUCUUCGUCAUCUCCUUGGUGAUUAUCUGCUUCCUCUAUGUGUACAUGUUCAUGCUGGCUCGCAUCCAUGCCAGGAAGAUCGCUGCUCUGCCCACCAGCAGCGGGGGGAGGAGUCGGCAUCAGCGGUGGCGGGGCAACAGUAUGAGAGGGGCCCUGACUCUCACCAUUCUGUUUGGGGCAUUCGUGGUGUGUUGGGCGCCAUUUUUCGUCCACCUCAUUAUCAUCAUGGUGUGUCCCAUGAACCCAUACUGUGAAUGUUACCGAUCGCUGUUCCAGCUGCAUAUGGUGCUGCUGAUGAGCCACGCCCUCAUCGACCCGGCCAUCUACGCCUUCCGCAGCGCUGAGCUCAGACACACCUUCAGGAGGAUGCUGCUUUGCUCCGACUGCAGGCGGUGCUCAUAG